GCCGCGCGGCGGGCCGAGGCAUGGCUGUGUCCUGGAGGAACUGGCUGGCCAACGAAGGGGUUAAACACCUCUGCCUGCUAAUCUGGCUCUCCCUGAAUGUACUGCUUUUUUGGAAAACGUUUCUGCAAUAUCACCAAGGGCCAGAGCAUCACUACAUCUACCAGAUGUUGGGGCUAGGAUUGUGUCUCAGCAGAGCCUCUGCAUCUGUUCUGAACCUCAACUGCAGCCUUAUCCUUUUACCUGUGUGCCGGACCCUCCUGGCUUUUCUGAGAGGAUCUCAGAAGGUUCCAAGUAGGCGGACAAGAAGAUUGUUGGAUAAAAGCAGAACAUUUCAUAUAACAUGUGGUGUUACUAUUUGUGUUCUCUCAGGUGUGCAUGUGGCUGCCCAUCUGGUGAAUACCCUCAACUUCUCAGUGAACUACAGCGAGGAUUUCAUGGAACUGAAUGCAGCAAGAUACCGAGUUCCUGGAUUGACAGGGGUCUGCAUGGUAUUGGUGCUAUUCCUUAUGGUUACAGCUUCUACAUAUGCAAUCCGCGUUUCUAACUAUGACAUCUUCUGGUAUACUCAUAAUCUCUUCUUGGUCUUCUACAUGCUGCUGAUGUUUCACGUUUCAGGAGGGCUGCUGAAGUGUCAAACUAAUUUAGAUACCCACCCUCCUGGCUGCAUCAAUCUUAAUAAGACCCGCCACCAGAAUAUUACCUCACCAGCGCAUAUCUCAGCGGAAUUCCAUGAACUUUUACCUGGAGAAUUCUCAAGAUCAGAUGAACUUACCAAGAACACAUUGGUGAAGAUUUGUGCCGAAGAGCCCAGAUUUCAAGCUAAUUUUCCACAGACUUGGCUUUGGAUUUCGGGACCUUUGUGCCUAUACUGUGCUGAGAGACUUUACAGAUGUAUCCGGAGCAACAAACCAGUAACCAUUAUCUCAGUCAUAAGUCAUCCCUCAGAUGUUGUGGAAAUCCGAAUGAUCAAAGAAAAUUUUAAAGCAAGACCUGGCCAGUAUAUUAUCCUACAUUGUCCUAGUGUGUCUGCAUUAGAAAAUCAUCCAUUUACCCUCACAAUGUGUCCUACUGAAACUAAAGCAACCUUUGGGGUCCAUCUUAAAAUAGUUGGAGACUGGACAGAACGAUUCCGAGAUUUGCUACUUCCUUCAUCUAGCCAAGAGUCUGAAAUUCUGCCCUUCAUUCAGUCUAGGAAUUAUCCCAAGGAUAAUUGGCUGUACAGACUCAGAAGACUGUAUUUCAUUUGGGUUUGCAGAGAGAUUCAAUCCUUCCGCUGGUUUGCAGACUUACUCUGUGUGCUGCAUAACAAGAAAAUAAUUGGAGAAAAGUAUCAGGCACUGAAUUCAAGACUGUUUAUUGGACGUCCUCGAUGGAAAAUUCUUUUUGAUGAAAUAGCCAAAUGUAACAGAGGGACAACAGUUGGUGUUUUCUGCUGUGGGCCAAGUUCAAUUUCUAAGACGCUUCAUAGACUGAGUAACCAAAGCAACUCUUAUGGGACAAGAUUUGAAUACAAUAAAGAAUCUUUCAGCUGAAAAUCUUUGAGAUCAACCAGGACUCUCAGAAAAACAAACGAAAAAGGAAUGAGUGCAAUUUUUGAGACUUUGAAAGUCAACUGAAUCAAACAGUUAUGUCAUGCCAAAGACUAGCAAAGCUUUCUUAUUUAUGAUUAUUUAAAAUGGAAAUGAAGAGAAUGUUGCAAGAUAGCAGGUUCAUGUUUAAUCUGGAAACUAAAGAGAGACCCUGCAGAAUAUUUGGUGUGAUGCUUGACUUUCCAAUGUUCAAAUUAAAAGAAAAUGAUUAGACUCACACUGUUGAUUUUUAUAGCAGAUUCACUAAGUCCCUAGUGGGGAGCUGAAUUUGCUCACCGUGAGGGUGAUAGCCUGGGUUUUCCUUAAAUUGUUUUUAAUUGAAUAAAUGCGUGAUUGAACAAAAUUAAA